AUGGUCCCUGAAGGUUUGGACUCUGGGCAACCUAGUGUAGGUGGUCAGCCUGAGGAUCGGCGAGUCGUGGCUGAUGACCCAGGUGGGAGUUUGUGUCCGGGCGAUGCAGAUUUGUCGAGGACUGGGGUUCGAGUUCUCGUUUCGGGUGGACGCGGUUGGUCAAAGUGGAGGCCUGUGGUUACUUUGCUAGUGAAUGAGGGAGAGUCCUUAAACUUUAUUGUGGUGUAUGCAACACCCACAAUUAGUCGGCGUAGCGGGUUGUGGGAUCGGCUGACUGAGGUUAUGUCGGGUGUAGUUGGUCCUCUUGUUGUGGGUGGGGACUUCAAUACCAUUGUCCGUCUUGAUGAGAGAGCUGGAGGUAACGGUCGUCUCUCUUAUGAUUCUCUUGCUUUCGGAGAUUGGAUAAAUGACUCCUCUUUAAUUGAUAUGGGAUUCUGGUGGCAAGAUGCUAGGGUGACUCACCUUCCUUUCUUAUCUUCACAUCAUGCCCCUUUAUAUGUGCAGUUUGCUCCUGAGAUUAGCAGGGACCCUAAGCGGAGGCCUUUUAGAUGGAAUAAGGAAGUCUUUGGUGCGGUUCAGAAACGCAAGGAACUGUUGCUGACAGAGCUUGAGAGGGUUCAGAAUUUUAUUGAACUAUCUCCGACAGAUGAGCUUUUGGAGAUAGAGGAUAGCCUGCUAAAGGAUUUUGACUUAUUUCUGGAGCAAGAGGAGAUGCUCUGGUUUCAAAAAUCAAGAGAGAAGUGGAUCAAUUUUGGGGGUAGAAAUACUUCCUAUUUUCACACUUCUACAGUUAUACGUAGACGAAGGAACCGGAUAGAGAUGUUGAAAAACGAAGAAGGAGGAUGGAUUACGGAUACUCAGGAGUUGGAGUCUUUGGCGGUGCACUAUUAUACACGGUUAUAUUCUCUGCAAGAUGUUCAUGCGGUGGUAGAGAAACUUCCUAGUAGUGGUUUCAUGUCACUAUCGGUAGCUGAUCAUGCUCUGUUGAAUAGGCCAUUCUUGCUUGUAGACAUCGAAGGGGCGAUUCGAGGGACUUUUCCUCCGGAGACAAAUGAUGUGUUGCUGGUUUUAAUAGCAAAGGUUGCCAAACCUGAAAGGAUCACGCAAUUUCGACCUAUCAGGGGUUAUGUCAAAACUGGUGGGUUUAUUCCUGGGAGACUAAGCACGGAUAAUAUUGUUGUGGUUCAAGAAGCAGUGCACUCAAUGAAGCGGAAGAAGGGGAGAAAAGGGUGGAUGCUUCUAAAACUAGACUUGGAAAAAGCUUAUGAUAGGAUCCGUUGGGACUUCUUGGAGGAUACUCUUGGUGUUGCGGGUUUGUCUGAGGGAGACCCACUGUCACCCUUUCUGUUUGUCCUAUGCAUGGAAAGAUUAUGUCAUCUGAUUGAUAGGGCGGUGGUGAACAAACAAUGGAAACCAAUUUCUCUUUCACGAGGAGGCCCUCAGCUUUCACACAUAUGUUUCGCUGACGACUUGAUUCUGUUUGCUGAAGCGUCAGUAGCUCAAAUCCGGGUUCUACGAAGUGUUUUGGAACAAUUUUGUGGUGCCUCUGGACAAAAAGUUAGUUUGGAGAAGUCAAAGAUUUUCUUUUCUAACAAUGUGUCAAGAGAGUUAGGGAAGCUGAUUAGUGAAGAGAGUGGGAUUAAGAGCACUAAAGACUUGGGGAAGUAUUUGGGAAUGCCUGUCCUGCAGAAGCGGUUGAAUAAGGAGACCUUUGGAGAAGUUUUAGAGAGGGUCUCGUCGAGGUUGGCAGGGUGGAAAAGCCAUACUCUAAGCUUGGCUGGGCGUUUGACACUCACUAAAGCGUUGCUUUCUUCCAUUCCGGUUCAUUCAAUGAGUACGAUUAUGCUGCCUAAAGCCACUUUGGCUAGUCUGGAUAAAAUAUCUCGCACUUUCCUAUGGGGUGGUACGGGAGAACGAAGGAAACAAAAUUUGGUUUCUUGGAAGAAAGUCUGUAUGCCUAAAGGGGAUGGGGGUUUAGGUAUUAGGGCUUCGAAGGACAUGAAUAAAGCUCUAAUCGCUAAAGUGGGGUGGAGGCUUCUACAUGAUAAACAGAGUCUCUGGGCGAGAGUCUUAAGAAGUAAGUAUAAGGUCGGGGUGGUGAAGUCAAACUGGUCCUCUACAUGGAGAAGCACUGGUACAGGCCUACGGGAAGUGGUGUGUAAGGGUCAAAAUUGGGUGUUGGGAGAUGGUCAACGAGUCAAGUUCUGGACUGACAGAUGGUUGUCACAUUCCCCACUAGUGGAGUUGGAGACAAGGGAUGUACCCGCGGAGGUGGUUCAUGAGAAAGCUUGUGACUUGUGGAAAGUUGGUGUAGGAUGGGACCUUGAUAAGAUAUUACCUUAUGUUUCUUCGGAUACGAGGUUGGAGUUGGCAGCUUUUGUUCUUGUUAAUGAUACAGAUAAUGAGGAUCAGAUUUCGUGGGAGGUUCUCGGUUAA